AUCGUUCGUGCUCCAAGUCGGAUCGAAUCCAAAGAAAAAAUAUCAGAAAAAUGCCAUUUAAUUUUUCAAAUAAAGAAUUAGCUAUUAUAGCUAUUCUGUUAGAUGAAGAAGAAAAAAACAGAAGAAAUUGAAAAAAAAUAAAUAGAAAAAUGUGGGUGCAUCCAAGUUUAAAAACUAGACAAACUGAAGGCGAAUAUUAUACGCUGUAUCGUCAUCUAAUGAAAGAUGAAGAAAAAUUUAUUAAGUAUUUUAGAAUGGAUUCUCGUACAUUUGAAAUGGUACUUGCGAAAAUUUCCAAGAAAAUUUCCAAGAAAAAUACCACGUUUCGAAAAGCUAUUUCUCCGAGACAAAAAUUAAUGGUAUGUCUAAGAUUUUUAGCUACUGGAGAUUCCUAUCAAACGAUUGCUUUUAGCUAUCGUCUUGGUCAUUCAACCGUACAAAGUAUUUGUCUUGAAGUUUGUAAUGCAAUUAAUGAAAUAUUAUUAGCUGAAUAUAUUCCAACUCCAUGUAAAGAGAAGUGGUUAGAAAUAGCAAAUGAAAUGUGGACUAUGUGGAAUUUUCCAAACUGUCUAGGAGCCCUAGAUUACAAACAUGUGACAAUUCAGACGCCUGCAAAUAGUGGAUCACUAUCUUUUAAUUAUAAAAAAUCGUUUUCAAUUAUACUUUUGGCAUUGGUAGAUGCCAAUUAUAAAUUUAUUGCUGUGGAUGUAGGGUCGUAUGGGAAAAAAAAAUAGUGAUAGCAUUUUUGCGAAUUCUGUUUUUAAAAAAAAUUUAUAAAGUGGCAAAUUGAAUGUUCCUGAGGAUUCCCCGCUGCCAGGAACAAACACAGUAGUACCUUACGUAAUAUUAGGCGAUGAGGCGUUUCCAUUAAAAAAAUAUUUAAUGCGGCUAUACCCAGGGUCAAAAAGUAUAGAGGACAAUGAAAAAAGAAUAUUUAACUAUCGACUAUGCAGAGGAAGAUGAUUAGUCGAAUGUGCAUUUGGACUGUUGCCACAAACAUUCAGAAUUUAUUGUCGAAGACUGAUAGCUGAGCCUCAAAAUGCCGCCACAAUUAUUUUAACAACAUGCAUCCUCCAUAACGUUAUUAGAAAUAGUCGAGAUAUAAAUUUAGAAUAUAUUGAAACAAAUCAUGUAAAUAACAUACAGAGACAAGGUGGAAAUGCACAGAGUGAAGCGUUUGAAACGAGGGAAAUUUUUAAAAACUUUUUUAAUUCACCUGCAGGUUCAGUACUAAGUGUACCUAAGUGUAAUGAAAUGUAUUUAAUAAAUUACUAAUAAGUCUUUUCAAAAUGUCUAUAAUUAUAUAUUUGUAUUGAAUUUUUCACUUUACUUACCAGAUUGACCUAUCGCUUUUCCAAUUUCGUUCCACACUUGUUUCUUGUAAUUAGUGUCACUAUAACUAAGUGACUGCAAAUCAUACAGACCUGGUCUAGUUUUCAUAAGUUCAAUUAUUUCAUAAGUUCA